AUGUUAAUCAUCCAAGAUGAGCAUUCCGACGAUCCUAAUCUGGUCACCAAACCAAAUCCAAACCAUCAAGAUUCAUCAAACUGCAUUAGCCAAUGUUUGGGCAUGAGUUUGUAUUUUCGGGCACACAGGAACAAAUGUCACAAAAAUGCAAAAGCGAUGCGUUGGAUACCUACAGACUUACCUAUUGACAAGAAAAAUAACAGUAUCUGGCGUGACUAUGUGGUCAAGGACUUUUGUCCGAAUGAUAAUCUGUGGAUCGAUUGUCUCGCAAGAGAAAAAGAAGGAGGAAUACCUGAAUUGUGGCGUGGACUUGUUUGGCAGGCCAUCUUGUGCAUGCCUGCAUCAUUGCCAGCUCUAUAUGACCAGUGGAUCAUAUUAAACCAGCCUCUCCAGCCACAGCCACAUUCACAUUCACAGCCACAGCCACAGCUACAGCCACAGACAUCUCUAGAGAGACUCAGGGAUGCAUUAACUGACCAACUCGAUCACUUGUCUACCGAGACCCAGGUCCUGGUUGAUUUCCUGUCGACUGUGGUGUCAGAAAAAGAAGCCUUUUGUGUGUUCGUAAGAUGGAUGGAAACCGAGAACCUUCAUUUGGUCACUCUGAACAGUAAACCCCUCAAAGAACGCCUAGGAUUAUUGGAUUCCGUACUGGCCCAGACAUGCCCCAUCCUUCACCAGCACUUUGCGCACCACGAUGUGCGGCCCGAGAUGUACGCUGCUUCAUGGUAUCAGACACUGAUGUGCAAUGUCCUGCCGCGGGACUGUGUCUUGCGCACGCUUGAUCUGAUCUUGCUCGAAGGAUCGGUCAGUGGUGUCACCCGGAUAGCGAUUGCGCUUCUAAAAGCCAACCAAUGCCUUCUCUUGGCCAUUCACAGCCAGCUUGAUAUCAUCAGGUUCUUGACCUCUGAACAGCUUGUCGUCUGCUCGGGCUACAACGAUAGCAAUCCUGGUGCCUUGCUCAAAGAUGCAAUGGCCUUGAGUGCCAUACUCACUCCGGCCGCAAUUGAUCAAUUAUUGAUAAGCGUUUCUAACGAAAUUGACCAAACACAACACCAAAGACAGAAGCCAUUACCAUUGCCAUUGGAAGUAUCGACAGCAACAGAAACUUUAAAUCAAAUCGUGCCAAUCGAUAAUGAUAAUAUUAUGACCCCAAUAUACCAAUCUAAUGCCUCGAUUCCCAGCACUGUCAUUGUCGAUCCGUUGACCAAACAUUGCCAUGUAGGCACACUCGAUUCGCCAAUUUCGGGACCCCUUUCCAAUCGCUCCUCUCUCCUCACCCUGAGUCAAAAGAGCUGUGGAACCCAUCAAACAGCCGAGACUCUUGUAGAUUGGUCACCAAGCAACACCACCAACACCAACACCAACAACAACAAGAAUCUCAAUGAGAGUGACAUGUUCAAAAAACAGCAAAAAGAAAUCAAUCAGGAUUACCUUGAGACGGGUUGGGAUGCAGCCAUGCUGGGACGUGUUACUUCUGAACUAGUCGAUAUCAAGCUCGGCAACUUUGAGAUGAGCCAAAAGUACGAAACCAUGUGCCAUGCCUACCAACACGUCCUGCACCAACUCGGGCUCCUGGAUGAAGUUGACGGCUCGCUGGUCCAAAAGACCCAGGACCUCGAAUCGACCAUCAAACUCAUCAAGGAGCAAAACGCCAAGACUCUGGAGGAAAAUGACGCGUUGGCCAGGCAAGGCAAGGAUCUCGAAAAGGGAGUCGUGGUUGCUCGAACGAUGGUAACCGAACUCAGUCUAGAGCGAGACACGAUCGCAGGGAAAGUUGAGAGAUUGGCUUGUCAGGUCGCCAAACUCGAGGCAGAAAAGGCCCGGUACUAUGUGCCCUUGAACUUGAACUUGGGAUUGGGAUUGGAUAUGAUAAGACCAACCACGGAUAAUGCAACUACUGCAACUACUGCUAUCAGCACAGGUUCUCAAUUGGGAGAUACGGGUAUUUGUCAGGGUACUUCCAACGCGAUUACUGAAUCUCCAGCUCAAACUACAACUACAGUUACAGCUACAGAUACGAUGCCGAGUCAGACUUUUGUUUCCAGUGGAGCAUACACGGAGCAGCUAAAGCAAAAUCAGCAACAGAAGGAAAAUGGUCAUAAACAUAAACAGGCUCGACGUUGUACACUUUCUCAAAUGAGCACAAGAAUUGAUACGAAUAACCGACAGAUGAUUGACGAAGAAGCAAGAUACGUGCAGAGUGAAUUGAGGUGUCGUGAACUUGAGAAGAUGCUUGCGGAAACAAAAGUUCAGCUAGCAGCCCAGGAGGCUGAAGUAAAGACCUACACCCUGCAUUCCAAACCAAAGAUAGAGGCCGAGAUAGAAAAUACUGGUGGUGCCGGGUCACUUUCUUUUCUAUCCAAGCGCAUGAGUCUGACUUUUCCCACACGUCCAAUGUCAGUUCAGUACAAAAAGCCUGCAAGACCUUUUACUCUUCCGGCAGUCAAGGCUAUCCCUGCAGACAGGUCGGAUCCCUGUUUCUUUGAGCGUCAUGAUAUCUAUCAAGGUCGUUGA